AUGCCACCCAAAGGGAAGAAGGAGGAGGACGACUCGAAGGUCAUCGCCCUUUUGGGCCGCGCCAAGAACUCGCUUUCAAUGGGCAUUGUUGGGCUUCCAAAUGUGGGAAAGUCUCUCACCUUCUCCACUCUGACAAAGGUCCAGGUACCCAGCGAAAACUAUCCCUUCUGCACGAUAGACCCCAACCAUGCGCGUGUUGCUGUACCCGACAAGCGCUUCGAGUGGCUCUGCGGACACUUUAAGCCGAAGUCUGAAGUUUCCACGUUCUUGGACAUAACAGACAUAGCAGGUCUUAUUAAGGGCGCUUCAGAGGGCAAUGGUCUUGGAAAUGCGUUCCUAUCACACAUCAAGGCAGUAGAUGGAAUUUACCAUGUCGUGCGUGUCUUCCCAGAUGAAGAUGUGAGCCACGUGGAAGGGGAGAUUGACCCCACGCGUGACCUAGAAAUCAUAACCACCGAACUUACAGCAAAGGACCUUGAGUUUCUUGGAGCACGCAUCACCGAUAAUGAGCGCAAGAUCGAGCGGGGCCUGGAUAAAAGUCUCAAGGAUGUCCAACCAAUAUACCUAAAAAUAGAGGGACUACUCAAGGAAAAGAAGGAUCUCUUUGCCCAGAGCUGGUCGCCCCGUGAGGUGGAGAUUCUCAACGAGCUGCAGUUGCUUAGUUGCAAGCCUGUGGUCUAUCUUUUGAACAUGAGCGAGGCAGACUAUAGUAAGAAGAAGAAUAAGUUUCUUACCAAGAUACAGGAAUGGAUAACGGCCAGAAACGAAAAUGCGCAUAUAGUUCCAUAUAGCGCCAAGCUAGAGGCGACGCUUUUGGAGCUAGGCUCUGCAGAGGCUAGAGACGCUUACCUCAGCGAGCUCCCCUCAAAGUACAAGCUCCCUGACGGUUCCGUUGUGGAGUCGGCUCUCGAUAAGAUCAUCAAGACGGGAUAUAAGGCAUUGAACCUCUGUCAUUUCUUCACAUGUGGUGCAGACGAAGUUAGAUGCUGGACGGUCAGAAAAUACACCAAGGCGCCGGAUGCAGGUGCGGUCAUUCACAGCGACUUCCGCGACUACUUUAUAUGUGCAGAGGUUUAUACUUAUAAGGAUCUCAAGAGGUUAGGGUCCGAAGCAGAGGUCAAGGCAGCCGGGAAGGUCCGCACCGAAGGGAAGAACUACGUUGUUGAAGAUGGGGACAUAAUCUUCUUCAAGAACAACUCACGUGGCGGUAAAAAGAAAUGA